AUGAAGACUCGUAAAAUGUUCAUACGGAUUUGUGUAAUUAUUACCUGUUUACAAUUUGUAAAUAGCCAGGCGUUUUCAUCAAUUAGAAAUCUAGAAAUUGUUUACGCUGAAGAAGGAAAAUUGGUAAAAGCUUUAAGAGACUUUGUGAAUAGGUCGAAGGCCGAAGGACUUCCUGUAGCAGACUCUAUUACUGGCUUUUUAAAGGAUGUAGAAGACGCCAGAUCUCAUGUACAUGAUGUUGAGCUGUGGAUGAGUCAUCCUAUCAAUGCAUUGUAUUUUGUAAGUCGGAUCGCGACAAAAUGGGGACGAAUUAUUUCAUCCAUCGAGUGCGAAACGUGUCUGGAGACUGAUUCUGUCAAAGAUUUUACCAGUGUUUGGACUGCAGCGAAACAGAUUCCAAAUUAUUGGCCAACUUUAUUAGACACUCACCAAAUCUACAAAAGUAUUUUGGCCUUUUGGAAUUUUUACGAUCUCGAUCUCAUUGAUAUUCUUAACGGGAAAAUAGGCGAAAAACAGACCUACCCACUAACAUCGGCCCAAGUCAUCGAAAUGGUAAAACAUUCCAAAUAUGGUAAUAGGCGGUAUGCCGCUGUUGUGUGGCUGCAGGCAUUACACGACCGCCGGAAUAAUACUAAGCUGGAUGUAGACGAAAAUGUUUCGGAACAAGAACUGGACUUCGAACUCGCAACGGCCUAUGCAGAAUACAUGUUUCCAGAGAAGGUUGUGGAUAUAAUGAGCAAAUAUGAAGAUUCCGACGACAGACUGACCCAACUUCGGUACGAUAACCUAGUAAGGCAAGCUUAUCAGAUCCCAAUACAAUACCGACAAAAUGCAGUUGAACGACCCAAACGAAACUGGAAUGAAGACAGAAUACAACACAAGGCUCUGUGUAAAGGAAACGUGACGCAGACUGCAAAUGUACACUUCCUGAAAUGCUUGUACAGACCUACCAGGAUAAGCUAUUACAGAGUGAAGGAAGAAAUUGUUCACCAAAAUCCACGUGUUUCCAUCUUCCAUGGCCUUAUAUCUGAACUUGAGAUUCAAGAACUGCGUCGUCGGGCAGAUAACCAGCUGAAGCAGUCAUUGUCAGCAGAGGAGAAAAAGCAUUGGGUCAAAUUUCAAAUCAGCCAAUCAGCCUGGAUGGCUGAUUCGGAGGAUAGGAUGCUGAAUAGAAUAAACCACAGGAUAAAAUUAGUUACUGGACUUAACACGGCGCACGCUGAACAGAAAUCACUGAUGAAUCAGCACGAGAUUUUAAACUUUGGAGUUGGUGGGAUGCAUCUCUAUCAUUACGACGCAAUGGUAAAGAACGAGUUUUUUGACAUUAACCGAUUUCCAGAAAAGCAAAGAAAUAAAGUAAUGAAUGACAUGGAUAAGAUGGCAACCUGGAUGUUUCACCUGAGUUCUGUGGAAGAGGGUGGUGCCACUGUCUUUCCUAGACUUGGAGUCAGAGUACCAGCAACAAAGGGCUUGGCAUUGUUUUGGUACAACAUGGAUGAAAUGGGAUCCGUGGAUGAGAGAAUGAUUAUCGCUGAAUGUCCCGUUCUGAUUGGUUCAAAGUGGACUUCAAAGAAAUGGAUGAGUUAUGAAGAAAACAGGUCUUCUUUCAGCUGA